UCAUCCACAUCAAAAGCAAAAACUGCCAAUCAGCAUCCUCACGCAUUUGAUUGAAUAUUUAAUUUAAGUUCAGAUGUCGGAGUCGCCGCCCCAUGAGGAGCACCGAUUGUGCGGCCUGGGGAAUCACACGCUGAGGUCCCCGUACCGCAUAGUCAGGAAUCCGCAUCUGCUGAAGUUCGGUCGGUUGAUAAACUCGGAGCUACGGUCGCAGCCACUGUGCCUCACGUGCUACACACAACUGAUCCGGCUCUACAGGCUGAAGAACAACAAUGCCAAGAGACAUCUGGAAAAUAGACAGGCAGCUAGGGCUCUUCUCUCGAGGAGUAGCAGUCGGACAACCCAUGGCUCCGCGGCUAGUGUGUCCUCGGAGGACCAUGCACCAACCACUAGCGCUGCGGCGGCGGCAGCUCAAAGAGUGGCAUCCAGUUCAUCCGAUGGUACACUUUUCUCCGAUGAUGACGAUCCCAGCUCCAAUCUUAGUUUGAAUGCAGUUAAUGGCACGCGCUUACCGAAUGUCCAACCGAUUCCCAAAAGGCGCCAAUUUGUACAUUUGAAUAAGGAAGCAAUGGACAUUUAUUUGGCUGGAACUACUGGAGGAUAAAACUUUCAUAUUUUCAUAUUCAUUUUUGAAUUUGAUUGGAAAUAAAACUGUUAAGUAUUGGCAGUUA